UCAGGAUGAAAUCAAUUCAGCUGAAAUGGCUUUAGACACACAUGACAUGUCAAAACUAUUCGCUGUUAAAUCCAAUUUAGACAGAUAUAGAAAGCUUCCACAAAAGGUUGUGCCUUCAAAUCUGAAAUUCUUGCCUGGGAAAAUUCAACGAAAAGAACUCAGUAAUCUGUUUGGAACUUUAUUAUCAAGUUCUCUAACUUCAGAUAAACAUGGCUACAGCAUGAAGACAACACAAAAAUCAUCAGAAGCUGGGACCUCUUCUCUAGUCAAACAGCUGCUUGAUGAACCAGAGACUGUCACCACCAUAGACACGGGGUAUAGUGAACUUUACAGUGUGGCCUGUCUGAGUGAUGAAGGAAUCUGGACAAGUGGAGAUGAUAACACCAUGAAACUCUUCAGCAUCAAUCAGGGAUCACUACUCAAGUCAAUCACAACCACGUCAGGGAACUGGCCAGAGGACAUAACAGUGACAAAAAUUGGAGAUCUUGUUUAUACUGAUUACCAUGAUAGAACUGUGAGCAUUGUGAAGAAUGAGGAGGUGAUCAAACUACAGAACUGGGGACCUGAUGGUGUCUGUAGUACCUCCUCUGGUGACCUCCUGGUUAUCAUGAUCAGUGAUGAUGACAAACUGUUACAAACAAAAGUUGUCCUUUACUCUGGCUCCACGGAGAAACAAACCAUUCAGUUUGAUGAUCAAGGUAAACCUCUCUAUUCAUCAUUUGGUAAUUAUAACACAUACUACAUUACAGAGAACAGAAACUUAGAUAUCUGUGUGUCAGACAAUGAAGCUAGAGCAGUAGUGGUGGUCAAUCAGGCCGGGAAACUGAGAUUCAGAUACACUGGAAAUACUCCUGCUCCAAAGAACAAACCAUUCUACCCACUUGGAAUCUCCACAGACAGUCAGAGUCACAUCCUUACAGCUGAUUUAUUCAAUAACUGUGUCCACAUCAUAGACCAGGAUGGACAGUUCCUACGUUACAUAGACUGUGGACUGAGUUAUCCCUGGGGACUGUGUAUAGAUGCAAAUGACAAUCUGUUUGUUGCUCAGUGGGGAAACAGACAAGUGACGAAAAUCAAAUAUCUGAAGUGAAUUCUGCUUAUUUACUGUAGUUAAGCAUUUUAAAAUGGUAAUUCACAGUUGAACACUCACAGUUUGUUUUAAUACUA